CGCUCAGUAAACCCGUUUUCCUGCUCUCUUCAGAUCUGGUGAAGACCAAAGAAUAGUUACGUUACUCCUCUGUGAAUACACUUACAGAAUUGUGGAUUAAAUUCAUGGAUUUUUGUUCGUAAUGAAGUUCGUCAUUUUCUUCAUCUAUGUACCUUUUGUUUACUCAGAGUUACACAGCUUGAUCACCACAUACACUGGAAUACAUGGACAGACGGUUGCAGGAAUCCCAGAGUUUUCUGCUGUAACUACACUGGAUGGACGUCAGAUUGAUUAUUAUGACAGUGACAAAGGAACGCUGGUUCCCAGACAGGACUGGAUGAAGGAGUUUGCAUCUAGAGACACCUGGAAAAAAGACACUAAGAUCAGAGAACAAGUACAGAAGAUCUACAAAAACAACAUUCCUCAUCUAAUGAAGAGAUUCGAUCAGACACAUGGUGUUCAUGUGUAUCAGAGGAUGUAUGGAUGUGAGCGGGAUGAUGAGACUGGAGACUCACGUGGGUUUGAUCAGUACGGUUAUGAUGGAGAGGAUUUCAUCACACUAGACCUGAGGAAGGGCAGAUACAACACAUCUGUACCACAGGCAACAGUCACAGUGGAGAAGUGGAACAAUGACAGAACACAGCUUGAUUCACUAACAGAAUACUACAGAAACGAGUGCAGUUACUGGCUGAGGGUUUUCCUUAAGAAAUCAUUUGUAGUGAAGAAAGGUCCUGAUGUGACUCUGUUGCAGAAGAAUUCCUCCUCUCCAGUGGUGUGUCAUGCCACAGGUUUUUACCCAUCAGCAGUGACUAUCACCUGGAGGAAAAAUGGACAAGAUCACAAUAAUGUGAAGAUUGGAGAUACACUACCAAAUGAGGAUGGGACCUUCCAGAAGAAUGCUACACUCAAUGUCCUUCAAGAUGUCUGGAAGAAGGACCAGUAUGGUUGUGUGGUGGAGCACAUCAAUUUGACAGACCCAAUCCAGAAGAUUCUAACGGAGGACGAGAUCAAGAGUAACAACAAAUCUACAAUCCCAACAUGGGUUUAUAUAAUUUUGGCUUUUAUAGCCUUUUUUAUGUUUGUUUUUGCAAUCAUACUUUGGAAAUACAGAAAUGAAUUCAAAUCUGCUCUUUUCACAGGCUACAAGAAGGUGCGAACGUUCAUCUAAAGAUGCUUGCACAGAACAGCCAUGAGUUCUGCACCCUCUUACAACGUUUCCUCCAGAAGCCUGUCAUCUGUGAGUGAAUAGAGCCUCAUGGUACCAUCACAGAAAGACACAAAAUUACUUUCCAGAACCUUCACCUUCACAGUGUCAGUGUUGCCAGAUUGGGCGGGUUCCCGCCCAAUUGGGCUUCUUUUGGUAACGUCAGACUAAAUUUAGGGUUGAUCAAAUUUGGGCUGCUUUUUGAUACAACUGGCGGGUUUUUCAGUUUCCGUACUUGUAACGUGGGAAAUUCCCGUAUAUAUUUCAGCGUGAAAGACGCUCGGGACAGAUGACGGAAUGUGUAUCAUUUGCGCGUGCUUUUGAGUCUUACAGUUUUAAACUUUGUGACCGCUUUCUGUGAGCUCACACAAAAAGCGCGCUCACAUAAUGCCGUAUCUGAGAGCGCGUGACUACAGAGUUAAGUUGUGUUGCGCCUUAUUGCCAAAUACAUACAAAAUUGUGUCGAAAUGCCUGUCUUGAUGAGUAUUCACGUAAACAGUCAAUUUAUACUAAACUCGGUAUAUAGGCUAUUAGGCUAUGUGUAACAGUUAGAU